CCCAUUUCUGCGGGCAUACCACUCAUCAGUCAUCACCGCCUAAAACCUCCCAAAAACCGCUCAUUUUCCGAUCCAGAAACGCCAGCGGACCGUUGGAUCGAUGUGGAACAAGCGAGGACCAGCUGAUGAUUCCGCCGGCGACGGCGACGAUAGGGAGAAAGCUAUCGCUAAAACAGCUGGAUUCGUGGUCUUCUCAGGAAUCGCGAUGAGCAUUAUCAAAGCCCUCAACCCUUUCAACAAUAAUCCCAGCCUAAAAAACGCCGACACUGAGUCGACUCAACCUCAAGUUCUUAAGCAAUGGCAGCCUCAGGAGCUUCCGCCGCCUCCACCUCCACCUCAGCCUCCUUCUGAACCCAUUGUAACGAAAUCAACUUGUUGUUCGGAGCAAAACGCGGUGGAACCAUCACCGAAGGUAAUCGAGAUUGUAAGAGGAGAUACACUUUGGGGGCUGUCGAGAGAGUAUGGGGUUUCAAUUGAGGCUAUUAAGGAGGCUAAUGAUCUUAAAGGGGACACAAUUUAUGCAGGCAAGAAGCUUGUAAUACCAUAAAUCCAUAAUGUGGUUACCCUUUGUCUGUUGUUGUUAAGUUUUAUCAGUUAGAGACUUAAAGGUUAGGGAAUUCAGAAAUUUGUUUGCUUGAUGACAUUGUAGAAUUAAACAACUAUGAUGAUUCUGGAAAAUGGUGGUUGUUUAUUUGGCAA